AUGGCAGCGGAACGCUAUAUCGCCGUUUGCCAUCCUUUGCAAGCCAGAAAACUCAUUUCCCUUAAACGCACCCGGGCGAGCAUUUUCAUCGUUUUCUUUGUCUGCUCGGCCUCCACGAUUCCCAUCUUCCUGGAGAGAACGAUUGAACAGGUGACAUGUUACGAUGGAAGAAUAAUUUAUGUUCUGGUAGAACGAAGCGAGGCGUUUGUGAGACUCCGGCGGAUCUUAUGGGCGACGUUCUAUGACUUUCUGCCAUCUGCUGCGUUAGUUUACUUCAACUUCUGUCUAAUUUAUCAAAUCCACAAAGCGAAGCAGCUACGAGAACAGAUGAUUCCUAAACAUUCCGUCAUCUUCUGCAGCUCUUCCGGAACCAAAAUAAGUGUUCAUCGGUUGAAAACUAAACAUAACAUGAUUUUGAACGCUCAGACUUCGGAGGAGACACCGGUGACGGAAAGUAAGAAAUCAUUACUCAGUUUAAAAUAUUUACGACCGGAGACAAGAUCUCACAAUGGACAACAAUGUAGCAGCAAAGUUAACGAAUACAGUAAGUUUGAUGUGUCUUCAAAUGGUAGCCAAAAGAGGUCAAACCACAGCUGCAGUGAAAACAAUACUCAGAGAUACAAAAACAACUUUGAAUUAAACGAUCUUCGAACUGAUCCCGAGGCUACAAGCUCGAUAAAGUUGAGGGAUCAAGGUACGAGAAAUGUAUCACAAAAGAGACCAUCGGAUUCAGCGUUAAACAGCGUGACGGCCACGCUUGUGGCAGUCGUGUUGUUGUUUUUGAUCUUGGUAUCUCCCAGUGAACUUAUGAAAUUCUCUGUUAGUUACACAUCGGCUAACAAAGACCAGCAGUUGAUUGUCACGUACGUGACCAAUUUUAUGCAGGUGUUGAACUUUUCCCUCAACUUUGUGCUAUAUUGUGCUGUCAACAAAAGUUUCAGACACACUCUACGUGGCCUUGCCUGCUGUUUAUGGUUAUCCAUUCAUGGAUGA